AGGAGAAAGACGCCCCUAGAUAGCCUUAAAUCACCACUGAAGGUUCAUCAAUAUUUCUCUACCAUGGCAUCUAAAAGUUUUUCAAGAGAGAUGAUUGCUGGUAUAGAGGCUGCAGCACUCGAAUGUCCGUUAUGUAUGGAACGUUUUACACACCCGAAACUACUCCCGUGCGUCCAUUCAUUUUGUCUUGGAUGUCUUGAGAAGUGGGUGAAAGAAAGUAGUGGAAGGCUCAGCUGCCCGACCUGUCGUGAAAUCUGCAAAGUUCCAAAAAAUGGACUUAAAGAACUGCCGAACAACAUUUUUAUCGUCGGAUUGUUAGAUUAUAUAACUACAUUAGAACAGAGAUCAGCACCCACUUGUGGUUGUAAGAAAGAAGCCUCUUACUUCUGUGAAGAUUGCGAUGAACUGUACUGCAGAGAAUGCAAAGAUGCUCACAGAAAAAUAAAAGUGACAAGAGACCACAGCAUGUUAACCCUGGAUGAAUACAAAUCCAUCGAUCCAGUUGAAAAAUUUGCAUCAAAACCAAUAAAUUGCCUAAAACAUUCAAUGGAGUAUCUAUUCUUUUGUGAUACAUGUAAGACACCUGUUUGCGUCGGAUGUACGCAGGUUGAACAUCCAAGGGGAAACGACCAUAAGAUCAUCGAUACAAAAGACGCUUUCAAGAACUUUUCAUCACAUGCUUCUCAACUUGUUAUAAAUUCUGAUGAAAAACUAUUCGGUCUUCGUAUUUUCGUUAGCAACAUUAAAGAGACUGAGUCUGUUCUGAGUUCAAAUUAUUCAAAAUGUAAAUCAGAUAUUACAAGACAGGCGGAUGAGCUUCAUCAAUUGAUUGAUCGUCGUAAGGAAGACCAAUUGCAGAACCUCGAAAGAUCUUAUAAACAAAAGCUGAAGAUUACUGGAACUCAGGUCAGUGAGGUAGAAUUAGCCAUUGCUAAAUUAUCCAGUAUGCGUGGAAUAACGCACAACUUGGUGAGUAGUCCCAACCAGGUUAUGGCACUGAUGUCGAGUUCUGAUGCAUGUGAAAGACUGCAUGCAGUUCUGAAGGAGGAAGUUAAUACAGAACCUCGAGAAUCAGGAGCUCUACGGUAUCAUCCAAACAGAAGAUUAUCCAAAUCACUGGAAGACGAGGCGGUAGGUAAAUUACGCGGCCAUGAAACAUAUGUUUCCUCUGAUAAAUCUACCAUUCAAAUUAAAAGAAAUAUUGAAGACGGAAGAAAGAAGUUUACUGCGAUUGUAAUAACUCGAAAUGAACUGGAUGAGAUUAUAUAUGACAUGGAUGUAAUGGUGAAUGGUUCAUUUGGUAGAACUGAUAGUCGACAAAAUGAUGAGAUUCAGAUGAAUGAGAUGAAUGUUACCGACGAAAAAAAUGGAAGGUACGAGUUUUCUGGCAGCUACUUCGCCUUCGAUAGGUGUACAUUGAGGUGUCAUAUAAUUGAUGGACCCAACAUUUAUAAACGAAAAUUUAUGUUUGGAGGUCUGUAUGAAUUGUUCACCCCUGAAACAAAAUCGUUUAAUUUCACUACUUAGAAUUCUGCCGGUGUUUUUUAAUAUUUGUAUUAAGGCAGUUUUAGAUUUUUAACCAUCAUUGUAAAUUUGCAACCAUUGUAAAUGAUGCAUUAGCGAUACUAUUUUACUUAAACUAUUAGUAAAGCGUAAAUAAUCAGUAUUAUUACGGAGUAUAUGUGCAUGGUACACUAGUAUGAUUUCACGAUAAACUGAACUUUAAAAAAUUAACAGCCCUGUGUGCAAAAAGACUUGUAUUUCAAUAAUUACAGAGUAUUAUCUCAAGUCCAGCCUAUUCCAAUAAGGCUUAGUUCACACUAUAUAUAGAAAAAAUUAGCGCGUUAAAAAACGCAUAGCAACAGUCACUACAGCUGAUUUCAGUGUAAACCACCUAAAGUUUUCCGGUCCCUGUUCUGAUUGCACUUUGGAAAUUCUGUUGCCUUGAUCAUAAAAAAAAAUGAUUACAGACCUCUCACUACGACAAUUUUAAACAUAUUUCCCGCCAAUUUAUAAUAUUUAAUUGGAACCUAAUUACGUUAUUAAUACACAAACUCUUCACAAUUCAAUACCACCUUCGGACCUGACAAUUUGGGAUGGUCUUGGGGGUGUGGCCUCCGAUUAGAUUGUUAGGUUUGUGUUAAAAGAUAUUGUUAGCUGGUAGGCCUACUUGAAAAAAUGGAAAUUUGGAGGGCAAACUUAUGUUUUUGUUUUUUUUUAUCAUUAACUGAAGUUGCUUUGCAUCCAAAUAUAAUUGUUUGUUAUCGAUCUUCACAUUAUUUUAUGUCCUAUAUGAAUUAAAUACGAUGCGAUCAUGUUACAUUCAUGUUACCUUGAGUGAGUUGUAUUUUCUGCUGAGGUGAUUGUUACUUUAAUAAAUUAAAAUUUAAUCAAUAA